AUGUGGAAAGCACGUGGUGUACAGCCAGUGGCUGUACUUGGACACAGUCUAGGAGACUUCGCGGCCGCCUGCGUCGCCGGCGUGAUGUCUUUGGAAGAGGGGCUGCGGUUAGUGGCCGCGCGUGGUCGGCUGCUGGAUGAGAGGUGCAUUGAUCCUCCCGGUCGAAUGGCAGCGAUCUUCGCACCCCUCAAGGAGGUGGAGACUGCGUUGGUGAAGCGAGACCGACUCAACGUCGCUGCCAUCAACGCUCCGAGCCAAACGGUUGUUGCUGGCCCAAAGGACAUGGUGGAGGAGAUUUGCCAGCAGUUCCGUGGAAGAAGCAAGCUCUUGAAGUCGCCAUAUGCCAUGCACUCCAAGCUGCUCUCUCCCGUCCUCGAAGGAAUGAAGGAAGAGCUCAAGACCUGUAAGUUUGCCCCACCUGCAGUGACCUUUGUGUCUUGCAUGAGCGCUUCAGUUGUGAAACAGGAAGUCACAGAGAAAGAAUAUUGGCUUAGCCAUGACACUUCCAAGGCCGUGGACUUUCUGGGUGCGGUCAAAGUCUUGGAAAGCCUUGGCUGCAGCCAUUUCCUGGAAGUCGGUCCUCAGCCGGUGCUGGCCAAGAUGGCUCGGACGUUCUCUCAGGCUGGAGAUCGAUGGCUCACCAGCCUGGAGUUGGAGCGUCAUGAGACCGAGACGUUGCUCUCUGUGGGACGCGCUUUGCAGGGGGCUGCGGUGAGCAGAAGGAUUUCUGACGUUUGCCACCCUCACUCUGUGCCCUGGGUGAAACCAUUGCUACAUCCUCUCCUUGGCUCUCGUGCCGGGCAAGCGAUUUUCUCCAAGACCUUGCGGAAACCCAGUUCGCCUCAGUUGGCCUCUCCGGCUCUGCGCCUCUUUCGACAGCAUCGUGUUCAGGGAGAGGCCGUUCUUCCAGCCGCCUCGCAUUUGCUGCUAAUGGCAGCAGUUCAACUGGAAGAAACCAUGAAUGGUUCUCGGCUGGACCCUGAUCGCUUCAUUCAGUUGAAGGAUGUGAGCUUUGAGCAGGUUUUUCCAUGUUCUGAUCAGAUCCAGAUCGAAGUUGAAGUUGGAGAGGAGAUCCAAAUUCGAAGCCAAAAGGACGUCCCGGUCCAUGCGCGCGCCAAAGGUGCCAGACUGGUGGGAGGCUGCGGCGCUCGCGGAGCUCUGCUGCAACAGAGUCUGGUGGAGUGGAAGAGUCGAUGCACGGAGACCUCGGAAGGCUCGAAGAUCUACAGGACCUUGAAAGAAUGCCAACUCGAAUAUGGUCCCAGCUUUCGUAGCCUCCUCUCUUGGUCUUCUGGAGUCGACGGCUAUGCCCUAGCAUGCCUGCGCUUGGAGACAGAAGCGUGGGAGCAGUCCAUGCAGUUGCUCCACCCGGGGAUUUUGGAUGGCGCUUUCCAGCUGAUGAUCUUAGCCCAUCAACGGAUCUUCGGUGAAUCUGCAGAUAGACCUUGCCUGUUGCCCUUCAGUGUGGAUGAGUGCGUUCUGGCAUGUGAUGCACCGAAAGGAGACUGUUGGGCUACGCUGAAGAUUCGCUCGAGCUCAGCGGAGCGAAUCCAGGGAGACGUGGAGAUCUCCUGCGAUGGACUGCUGAUGGCAAGGCUGAGUGGCAUCCACAUGCGGAGCACUCCCAGUCGCAGUCCUCCAAGCGACACGAAGGAUGUGACCUAUGACCUCAUCUGGGAGCCCAGAGCUGCAGGGCCUGACCCGCCUUCCGUGCUGCUCUGCGGCGCCGCGGCGCACCGCCUGCAACGCGUUCUGCGCGCGGCACGCUGUGUGGAGGUCGCAGCGGUGGAGGAUGCAUUGCGGUCAGGCACCGCUUCAGCGCUGCUCUACGUGGCCUCCGGUGCUGCGGCGCUGGACGUCUUGGUCGAGGCGCUGGCGCUGCUCCAAGCAGUGCAGCGGGCGGCACCGGGGCGGGCGAAGGUGCUGCUGGUGACGGAAGGGGCGCAGCCGGUGGAGAUGACAUCCUUUGAUCCCAACCAUGCGGGCAUUUGGGGGUUGGCCAGAUCUGCGCGGCUAGAAGUUGAUUUUCCAGUACAACUCAUUGAUGUAUCAGCAGGGGAAUGUGAAGAGCUUGCUGGAAAGCUUCUUGACGAAGAGGAGACGUGCUUCCGAGGGUCCAAGGCGUUAGUUCCCAGGCUGAAGCACAGCGAGAUCCAACCCGCCUGGCCCAUGAAGUUGGACUUCCGCCGUGGUGCCAUUUCCAGCUUGUCCCUGGUACCGCAGCGGCGACCGCUGACGGUGGACCUGCUACGUGUUGCGGCGGUGGGCCUCAACUUCCGCGAUGUGUUGAACGUCAUGGGGCUCUACCCAGGCGAUCCAGGGGAUCCUGGCCUGGACUGUUCCGGCACCAUCGCUGACGUCGCUGACGCUGGCGAAGCGCCUGGUUCCUUCGCGCUGGGUGAGGACGUCUUCGGCAUCUCCUUCGGAUGUCUGCGCACCUAUGCUGCCAUCAAGGAGCCCCGGUUGCUGACGCGGACAGCCCCGAAGUGGUCGCAUUUCGACGCGGCGGCGUUGCCCACGGUGUGGAGCACGGUGGAGGUGGCCCUAAACGACUUGGCGAAACUGAAGGCUGGGCAACGAUUGCUGGUGCACGCAGGAGCAGGUGGCGUCGGGCUCACGGCUGUGCAAUAUGCCCUACGCCUGGGUGCCACGGUCUAUGCCACGGCAGGGCGGGAGGAGAAGAAGCAGCACCUUUUGCAGAUGGGAGUUCGUUUUGUGGCAAGCUCCAGGGAUGGUUCGCUGUUCCAAGAAGAACUUGCUGGACAUUUGACCGGAGAGAAGAUGGAUGUGGUCCUCAACAGCCUAAGCCACGACGAUUUCAUCGGGCGUUCCUUGAAAUUUCUGCGACCCAAUGGCGUCUUCGUGGAGAUCGGGAAGCGUGGCAUCUGGAGCACCGAGCAGAUGCAGCAGCAGCGGCCGGAUGUGCAGUACCAGGUGUUGGCGAUGGAUACGCUUUGCGAGCAAGAGCCUAAUCGCUUCCAGGAUCUCUUAGUGCGACUCUCGCGCAGGAUGGAGACGGAUUGGGUUCCCUUGCAACGUGAAGUCUUCGAAGGGCUGUCGAGUUGUUCGGAUGCAUUGCAAGUCUUGCGACGGGCCGAGAAGAUUGGCAAAAUCGUCGUCUCAGUGCCACUGAUGGUGGGACCGGGGGCCUAUGCUGUGACCGGCGGAACUGGUGCCUUGGGACUCUGUGUGGCACGAAGACUGGUGGAAGAAGGUGCCAAGGAAUUGAUCCUCAUCAGCAGAAGUGGAGCAAAAGACCUGGGGCAGUUACAGAAGUCGGCGGCGCAAGUUCGCAUCUGGCAGUGUGACUUGGCCUCCUGCGACCAGCUGGUGACCCUGGCGUCCACCGUUCAGCUGCGAGGGCUGCUGCACCUGGCUGGACGGCUGCAGGAUGCGCUGCUGGGGAAAAUGACGCGCCAGGACUUUGAGGCGACUUUCGGAGCGAAGGUCUGGGGCCUUCAAGCCUUGCGGGAGGCACUGGGCAGAUGCAACCAGUGGGAGAGCUUGGAUUUUCUCCUCAGCUUCUCCUCUACGGCCGCCAUUUUCGGGGCUGCCGGACAGGGAAAUUACGCAGCGGCCAAUGCCUGCAUGGAUGCCUGGAUGUCCAAGUACCGCCUUGAGUCAUCACGCGCCAUCACGGUGCAGUGGGGAGCGUGGCUGGACAUUGGCAUGGCUGCCCAGCAGCCCAGCCGCUUCAAGCACUUGGCACAGAAAGGGAUCUCCGCGGAACUAGGGAUGGCUGUGCUGACUUCAGUCCUUCGGAACAGCAUCAGCUCGUUGGUCUGUGCGCACAUGGACUGGAAGCCCUUCCUCGCAAAGUACGGGGCAGGAGUUCCAAGAUACUUCAGCGACCUGGGCAAAACUGCCACGAAUGAACACCAGGAGAUUGUGGAGCCCCAUGCGCCACAGGCUGCAACUUCCACGCUGCAGUUGGUUCACUCCGUUGCCUCUGAAGUCAUCGGUGACUUGGAUCUGGAUGAACCCCUGACAGCUGCUGGCAUGGAUUCCCUCUCAGCCGUUGAGUUGCGCCGGAAGCUGGCGCAGAACUUGGGAGAAGGCACAGCUUUGCCCAGUACCAUAGCCUUUGACUAUCCCACAGUCCGUGCCAUUGCAUCCCACCUGGACGUUGAACCUGUUGGCCGUCCGGUGGAAGUCGUUGAGAUCCCCAAUGGCUGCAGCACCGCGGUGUCGGUGGCUGGCAAGGCAUGUCGAAUUCCAGGGAAUGAAACCUGCACCACAGCGGAGGAGGCUUGGAGGGAGGUCUUUCAACAGCAACUGGAUGCAGUGACUGAGAUCCCCUUGAUGCGCUUUGAUGUAAAUGAAUGCUUUGAUGUGACAGCCUCGGGAGUUGGAUUCCUAACCUAUGCAAGGCACGCAAGUGCUAUAGAUGGAGUUGAGCUCUUCGACAAUCGUUUCUUUGGAAUCUCCAGCAAUGAAGCUGCAGCCAUCGAUCCCCAGCAACGUCAACAUUUGGAAGUGGCCUAUGCUGCCUGUCAUGAUGCCGGCAGACCUCGCAAGGACUUGGCAAAGAAAACCAUUGGUGUUUUCGUUGGACAGUGCGCCAACGACUGGGCCAAGACUUUGAGUGAAAGAAAAGCAGGGACCUUUAUGGGUCCUGGAAGCCAUGCCAGCAUUUCGGCGAAUCGCAUCUCCUUCUGCCUUGGUCUGGAAGGUGUCUCUGUCACGGUGGACACAGCCUGCUCUUCAACACUGGUGGCAUUGGAUCUGGCCAUGCAACGUUUGGCGACGCUGGAGGCAGUGCUGUGCAGUGGAGGUCAGUUGAAUUUGAUCGUGGAACCCUUCGUGUCUUUCUGCAACGGUCGGCUGCUGUCGCCAACGGGACGCUGUAAGACUUUUGAAGCCGCGGCGGACGGCUUUGCACGGGGCGAAGGCUUUGGUAGCUUCCUCCUGGUGCAGGCCAACAUGGAGACAAUCAGUGUCGCUGGUGCUAUGGCGAACCAGGAUGGUCGAAGCUCUUCCUUAACCGCACCAAACGGGCCGGCACAGCAACGGGCCAUCACCGGGGCUCUUAGAUUGGCAGGUGCGAAUGGAGCAGAGAUCACCGCGGUGGAAUGCCACGGCACUGGCACAGCUCUGGGGGAUCCCAUCGAGGUUGGUGCUUUGGGGGCCACACUGCAGGAGGGCCGUGAGGAGCCGUUGCUGUUGUUGGCUGGCAAGACCAACGUUGGGCAUCUUGAGGGCGCCGCUGGAGCGCUGGGAUUGCUGAAGUGCAUCAUGGCCUUGACGAAUCUGGAGGUACCUCCGAAUGUGCAUCUGAGCGAGCUGAAUCCCCACCUUGACUUGAAGGAUUUCCUGGUGGUGCCCUCAUCCAGCCAUGUGGUGUCCGAGUCUGCACCAAAAAUGGGUUUGUCCUCCUUUGGCUUCGGUGGCACCAACGCGCACGCUGUUCUGGCGCGACGAGGGCCGCUCAGGCCACCUGGGGACGAAGUGAACUUCAAGAGCGUGCCAUUCCCCUGGGCACAGGUACCUCGCCUUCUGCGUCUCUAUCGCACUGGCAAGGAGACUGUUUUCGAGGUGCAGCUGGAUAAGGACCUGCUGGAGUAUCAGCGUCAGCUCUACAAGCAGAAGCAGAUCUCACCAGCUCUGUUGGUGGCAUUGGCCAUGGAAGGUUGCCGACGGCAUGUAAAGCAAGCUGCUUCAGUGCAACUGAAAGCAUUGAAGAUGACCGCACCUUGCAUUCUGCCGUCUGACUACGAUGGUCACACCUGGCUUCGCCUGUCCAUCAACGAGCAGCAGUUUGAGGUCGGAAGCAGGCACCGAUUUUCUCAAAAGGCCUGGCAGAUUCACUGUGUGGGGCGUUUCAGCACGCAGGUUGCAACGCGGCCGUCUACUGCAAGCCUGGGAUCCUUGAGCAUCCUGGGAGGAGUGAGAAGGCCACUCCCCGCAUCAGCGCCGCGGGCUGAGAGCUUCGAGGUCCUAUGUCGUUCUUGUGCUGCCCAAGAUGGAGCUUUGGAGGAGUUGAAAAUGAAAGCAGAGGAGGAGGGCCUGCUUUUGAGCGACCGCACCUUUGGUAUGCUCAGUGACGUGCACGUUGGCAAGGGCGAGUUCUGUGCUCGCGUGAAGAUUCCUGCUGACUUUUCAGCGUAUACUGUUCACCCGCAGCUUCUGGAUGUCUUGCAUUUGGCGGCGUUGUGCUUGGCGCACAAGGGUGACAUGGCAAAGAGCUUGGCGCAGGACCUGACAUCUAUGACCUCUUUGUCAGUGCCCUCGCAGGAAAUCCCCAAAGGGACCGAAUACCUGGUGCUUCACAGCCGCGAACGGCGAUAUGGCAUCAAUCCAGAAAGCAUCAGCAGUUCUUCAACGUUGAGUGUGGAUGGAGGACCAUUGGUGCUUGAAGUGCAGGAGAUGCUUUUGCGUCCGGUGAAGGAGCGACAGGUUUUGUCAGCUGCAGCGACAAAGUCCACGGAGUCAGAAGUCCCCAGUUUAUACGAGAUGCAUUGGUCACCAUCAUCAUCGGGAAGGACUUUCCAGGAAGAAGGUGGCCGCUGGCUCCUGCUAUGUCCAGGGGAUCUGGAACUUGCACAAGGUCUUUCCCAAUGCAUUGAGAAAGAGAAUUUGCAAGUUGACACGGCUGACUCUCCAAAAGACGAUGAGAGCGACAAGGAAAGUGACACCAAGCUUGUCGAAGAUGAAGAUAUCGAGGAGUGGGUCCUCAUGUGUCUCCGAGGCAUCGCCAUCGGCACUUUCGCGCGAUGGCAGGCCAUCGCCAAGCUGAUCCGAUUAGUGGAUGAUGAUUAG